UUUUGUUUCCCCAAACCCUCCAUUCCUCGUGCCGAGAACACAAAAGGGUGCUCAACCCCAAUCUCCUCUUCUUCAAAGUUCAAACACCUUCACUUCACUUCAUGGUAUGCUCCUCUCCCCUUCUCUAAUCAAAUUUAUAUAUAUUUUUUUCCCCUUUUAAUCAACUAAAAUUUUUUCUUAAUACCACCAAUUUUUUCCUCCAAUUAAACCAUUUUUAUGGAUCCAAAACUCCUCUCUCUCCCAAGAACACCAUCUCCAACCCCUUUCCCCCUUUUCCUCUCUUACCCAAAUUCCUCUUCCAUCAAUCUCCACAACCCAACCUUAUCCUCAAAAACCCAUCUUUCACUUUCCCUUACAGCCCCCAAAAAGUCAUCUUUUUGGGGAAAAACCCUUCCUUUCCAUGGGAAGAAGCCACUGCUCCUCCUGCAGAAGAAGAAAACGCAUUUGCCCUUACACCCAGUAUCAGCUGUUGUGAAGAGGAGAAAGGAGGCCCCUUUUGAUAAUGUCAUACAAAGGGAUAAGAAACUGAAGCUGGUGUUGAAGAUUAGGAACAUACUUGUGAACCAACCUGAUAGGAUUAUGAGUUUGAGGGAGUUGGGAAGGUAUAGAAGAGACCUCGGGCUCACGCGGAAGCGCCGAUUCAUCGCUUUACUGAAGCGGUUUCCGGCCGUUUUCGAUAUAGUGGAGGAGGGCGUCUACUCGCUGAAGUUUAGGCUUACGCCCGAGGCGGAGCGGAUUUAUCUCGAGGAAUUGCGGGCGAAGAAUGAGAUGGAACAGUUGCUGGUCGUGAAGCUGAGGAAGUUGCUGAUGAUGUCCUUGGAUAAGCGAAUUCUCAUCGAAAAGAUUGCCCAUUUGAAGACGGAUCUCGGUCUCCCUCCCGAGUUUAGGAACACUAUAUGCGAAAGAUACCCUCAAUACUUCAAGGUGGUUUCGACCGAUCGUGGCCCGGCGUUGGAGUUAACUCACUGGGAUCCUGAGCUAGCAAUCUCGGCUGCUGAGGUGGCGGCGGAGGAGAAUAGGAUUAGAGAGAUUGAGGAGAGAGAUUUGAUCAUAGAUAGGCCUCCUAGAUUCAAUAGAGUGAAGCUUCCUAGAGGUCUAAAUGUCUCCAAGGGAGAAAUGAGGAGGAUUUUGCAAUUCAAGGAAAUGCCGUACAUAUCCCCGUACUCGGACUUCUCCGAGUUGAGGUCAGGUACCCCUCAGAAGGAAAAACAUGCUUGCGGGGUCGUUCACGAGAUACUUAGCCUUACUCUUGAGAAGAAGACGCUUGUUGAUCACCUCACGCAUUUUAGGGAAGAGUUUCGGUUCUCGCAGCAGGUGCGAGGAAUGCUGAUUAGGCACCCUGACAUGUUCUACGUGUCUUUGAAAGGCGACAGGGAUUCGGUGUUUCUACGCGAGGCUUACAAGGACUCUCAGCUCAUUGAGAAGGAUAAGUUGUUGCUGUUGAAGGAGAAGCUGCGUGCGCUUGUCGCUGUCCCGCGAUUUCGCGGAAGGGGGGCGGGAAAGAGUGAUGAAAAGGAUAAAGACGGCGAGGCACUGGAAGGACGAGAUGGUGAAGAAGAUGAAGAAGAUGAUGGCGAGCAUGAUGAUGAUGAGGAAUGGUCAGAUAUCGAUGAUUCGUUGCUGAAUGUCUUGGGAAGCGAAUUAGAGAAUGUUGAUGAGGAUUAUGAUGAAGGAGGUGAUUGGAGCGAUGAUGAUGAAAAGGAAGAAUCUCCACCACAUUUUCAUGAUGGUGAGAGCAUAAGUUUUCAAGAAAGCAAACCGCAUAGGAGUAGUGUCUCGAAACCUACUGAUGACAAAGUGCUUGUUCCCAUGUUUCCGGACGGUAGGCUGAGGGACAGGUGGUGAAAAAUUUAGUUGUGUUGACUGAUCGAAGCCUUUGCUGCAGAGUAGAAAAGGGACAAUGCUGAGUUUGUUCUUUCGCAUAAUGCUUCAAUCGUAGGUGCAUGCAAGACUAAACUGUCGCUGAAAUAUUGAAACGAGACAAGAAAUUGAACAAAUUGAGAACUUUUGACAUGUCAGGAACCUGUAUCUUUGCUUGUGGGUAGGAGUUGUAUUCUUUUCACAGUGCAAACAAAUUAUGGACUUUUUUUGUUGUCUUUUACAUAUACUAUUGUGGUUCUUCCUUUUAAGGGCUUUUAUGUAGCUUUUUUCUCUUGCAUAACUUUUCAGAUAUUUAGACAGUACUGCCAUGUUUGAUAUUCUA